AUGAACGGCGACUACGCGCCAGAGCCCGUCCGGACCUUGACCUCGCCAUCCCCCGGGCCCGCCGUCGCCGCGCCGCCGCUCCCAGGCCAACCAGGGUACAACUGGGUCCUUCACGGGGACUCGCAUCCGGAUCUCGCGGCGAUCAUGUGGCCCGUCGCGGAAGCGAUCCGCACGGUGCGCAAUAAGCAGGAGAUUCUUCGGGAUGCCGUCAAUGAGCAGGGCGCUGCUGGGAUGGUGGAACGGAUGGGAGAGGGGAUGGUGGAGUUGGAGAGGAGGGUGAGGAAAUUGGGGGAUGGGCAGGAGAAGAUCAUGAGGCUGCUUGCGGCCUUGGGCGGAUUCAUGACGGCGGAGCAGCUAGAGGCGUUGAGGGAGGUGGAGGAGAUGACUGAAGGAGAGCGCAGAGGUGGAGAAGAUGGACUGAGGAGGGAGAUUGAGGGGCUCAGAGCGCGGGUUAAGGAACUUGAGAAGAAUGGCAAAACCCUCGAAGGAGGAGUGGCGAGCGCGAGGGAGCAGGUUGCGGACCGGCUGGACGCUCUGGACGGCCACAUCGACCAACUCAAGACGAACGUCCUGGCUGAUGUUCGCGAUCUGCGCAUCUCGGCGGCAGAGCACCGUAUCUCUACAAAUCAGGAUAUCGCCAUCCAGCAAUCCCAGCUCGAGGAACUCUGGCGCCACCUGUUAGAGGCGGAAGGCAGCCAGCAAGGGUGGGGGAAGCCGGUAGCGGCACGAAAAGAACACACCGUGCAUGAAAGCAAGAGCGUCCACCACUGGGUCGGGAGGAUUGUGCACGCUUCGCACCAGAGGGGCAUCGAAGAACAGAGUCUACGCCGUUGCCUCGAUGAUAUCGAGUUCAUGGCCACUCGGAGGCCACAUAAAUUGCUACCAGUGGACCGACCGUUUAUGCUGGACGGUAGCCCCCGGAUCGGGUUUCUUCAGAGGUCGGUCAAGUGGCUCCGCGAGUGCUAUGAGGCGGUGCGCCAGAGCGAGGAGCGGUUUUCAGUGGCCGGAGCGACGGCGCCUCGCAAGCGGCAUGCGUUGGGCUGA